CAUAUACAAGUACUCCCCCAUUUCAAAAUCCACCCACUAAAACCCUAAAACUCUUAACUCUACAGAGUAGUGAAAUCAAUGGCGAUAAUUUCCGAUUACAAUGAGCAAGACAACAAACCACCUGUAUCAGCAAAGCCAUUUAAGGCUGUUCUUGAUCCUGCAAACCCUCUAGGGUUUCUGGAAACAGUGUUUGAAUUUCUGGGGCGAGAGUCCGAUAUCUUCAAGAGCGAUUCUUUGGUAAGUGAUGUCAAUGCUGUUGUUCGUAUGGUGAAGGAAAAUCUUGAUACUGAGGAAAGGAAGAGGAAAGAUAAAGUAGAAGAAUCAACAGGAAAACCCGAAAAGAAGUUUAAGGAAGAUGUUCCUGUUGGAGAGGUUAAGGAGACAAAGGUCGAAGAGGUUAAUGAGGCUAAGAGUGCUAGUGAAGCCAUGGAGGAGGACAAGAAGGGGCCUAGAGCUCCAAACAUAGGCAAUGGCCUUGAUCUUGACAACUACUCCUGGGGUCAAUCCCUGCAGGAGGUCAAUCUUAACAUUCCUGUUCCUCAUGGAACAAAGUCACGGUUUAUUGUUUGCGAUAUAAAGAAGAACCAUCUUACAGUUGGACUAAAGGGUCAGCCUCCGAUAAUUGAUGGAGAACUCUAUCGACCUGUCAAAGUCGAGGAUUGUUUCUGGAGCUUAGAGGAUCAGAAAUCCAUAUCUGUACUCCUUACCAAGAAGGACCAGAUGGAUUGGUGGAAAUGUGUGGUGAAAGGUGAACCUGAAGUCGAGACCCAGAAAGUUGAACCUGAACCUAGCAAGCUAUCGGACUUGGACCCAGAGACUCGAGCUACUGUCGAAAAGAUGAUGUUUGAUCAGCGACAGAAAUCAAUGGGCCUUCCAACAAGUGAUGAAACGCAAAAACAGGAUCUCCUAAAGAAAUUUAUGGCUCAGCAUCCAAAUAUGGACUUCUCAAGGGCGAAGCUAUCCUGAUUCGCGGUUCUUUUUUGCUGACCAUAUUACUGAAUGGGAAAAAACCUAGACCUUUUUUUGGCCAUCUCUUCUUUACUUCAUUUGGGAUUCAAGAUGUUUUUGUGCAUAUGGGAAACCUAUAUUCUAUAGCGACUUUUGUGUAGACUAACGAAGAUAGUUACUUAUAUACUGCUACUGCAGUAAUUGAUCUAAACAGUAAACGUAAUCUGAAUAUGUUUAGUUCUAUUGA